GUGUGAAGUGGACGUCCACGAGCAUCCACGGAUGAAGGCACAACCUUAAACAUCUCUACCUGCAGAUGAGGUGUUGGUGGUAGGCUGACAGGGGCGGGAGCGCGUGGGCUGCGUGGGCUGCGUGCACUUUUUAAACCACGAAGCACGCGCUGUUUUGCAAGUCACCUGAACGGCUGAAGCUGCGCGUGCUCUUUUUCACUGAGAGAAUCUUCCACAUAAGCCAGAAACAUGGUAACUCAUGAGCAAGUCACAGCAUAUUUAGAGGUCAGUGGUGGGAAAUACGCCAAGAUUGAGCCAAAGAGGCCCGCCGGGACUCACCAGUUAGUUGUUAAAAGUUCACAGAGAUCUGCACCUGGCUUGACUGUGUACAAGGUGCCAAGGCAAGACAAAAGUGUCGUGAUGGCAUUCUGUUUCAAGCUGAAAGAAAAUAUGUAUUAUCCGGUAGUGGAGCGGGACCCAGCCACCGAAAAAGCCAUCGUGAAGGUUGUGGGGCCAAUAAACCAGCCAUUUGAGGGAUUCCCUGAGAAGUAUCUUUUUAAAAUUGGAACAAAUAAUGAGUAUGGAAGCCUGUGCUCAGUGGCAGAACCUAACCAAUAUCUUUCUGUUUCUGAAGAGGUCAUCACCCUCAGCACCAAUCCAUACCUUCAAUUCAGAAUCAGUCUAAACAAACAGGCAAAUAGGAUGGCUUCAACAAACUUUGUUUUGCCUAAGUUUAGGCCAUUAGAUCACCACAGAUUGAUGAGGAAUCACAGAAGAAGAAAGACAGGAAAAUACCAGAAAUCCUGUAGCAAUACCAGCAUCCAUACCCCUGUACCAAGUAGCUCUGGUCACCUAUUAUAACCUAUUAUUCAGAAUCUAUUCAUAAAAAGCAAAUAUAGCAAAUAUAUUUAGCAAAUCAAUACAGGAACAUUUGACAUAUAUGCAUCAUAAAGAAUUUCUUUAUAAAGAAAUAUUUUACAUGUACACUUUACAUUUAUUCUGAUGGAUAUAAAAGCUGAUGCUUUUAUCCAAAGCAACUUACAAUUGAGGAAAUACAAGCAAAGUGACAGGUAUACCAAGCGGAGAACAAUACAAGUAGUGCUACCGUACAUUAUUAUAUGAUGAACACAUUGAAGACUUUGCUGCCAGGAAACACAGGAGUGUGCGUUUGUACAUUUUGAAAUUAGAAAUGCUCCAGCAGAAGACAUAUGUCUGUGUUAAUUUUUGUUUUAAUCUAUUGUUUUAUUUUUAUAAUAUUUAUUCUUUUAAAAUGUUUUUAUUUAAUAUGUCUAAUUUUAGUUUGUAUUUUAUGCUGUAGAGCUACAAUUGUUAAUAAUUACAAUAUAUAUAUAUAUAUUUUUUCGACUUUAUUAAAGUUCUUUUCUGACCA